UUUUUAUUUCAUAAUGGAAAAUGAUGUUUUUAUUGCGUUUAAAAUCAAUACUAUUUUCAUUUUGUACUUUCUUUUUGACCUUAGCAAUAAUUCUGUUUAAUGCACCCUGCUCUAAUAUUUCAUAUGUGCCUUAAUAUACUAGGAAACAAAACUCACGGGAGCCAAUAUGUUGCAUUCAUUGACCCAUUCGUGGUACAAGUAGUAAAUAAAGGUAAUAUUAGUAUAACGGAACACAUUUCCAAAUAUCCUGAAUUCCGCAAUAUCCCAGUGUUACAAUUUGGUGUGAAAAUGUAUCUUCUAUAAGGCUACUUUGAGAAAUCUUCAAGGAUGAAUGUCACAGCCUUAUGAUGAGCAAAUGUUAGUAUGUAUGUAUUAAGCAGGGGAUGAACUAUUUGUGGCUCUAUUGUUUGAGCAAUUUUCAGAAAUUCCCAGAGAAACUGAGCUGUAUUCAUAUGUAGUGUUACACACUAUACAUACUGUAUGUUCAAUUUUACUGAUGAAUUGGAGCAUAGCGUACAGGGCCUUACAUUGUGCCUUCCUGUGUUCUCCGAAGGUACACAGCUGUGUGGUAUAUAACGUUUACGUUAGGUAAACCGUUACAUGGCUGAGGGCAUUUACAGUACAGUCUAACCAAAUGUUCAUAAUAGAGGAUGAUGUAGCGAGGCUUAAGAGCAACCCUGGUGCUAAUGAACACAACCCCCUCUUUUCUCACCACAUCCACCCUGCACGCUCCCUCGCACCGCCUCCUCCUGUCCUGGCAUCUGUGUCAAAGCAUUAAUGAAUUGAGCAGUUUAUCAAAACGCUUGGGAACUGUCCUUUCUGCCCCACCACCCCCUCCUGUGGUCCUGGACCUAUACAGCUCCACCAACCAUGCUGUGUAUUGUCUAACUGUCAUCUUCAGAAGAGGCUGCAGUGAGACAAAAGCAGCGGGGUGAGUGACAACACACAAACAGAACAUCGCCUGCCGAGAGGUAAAAGAGAGAGUGAGUCAAUGGUGUGAGCAGUCUAUGAGGGAGCAGACCAACCACAGGACAUAUACAGUAGAGCAAUGCUGAGGAACACACUGCCACAUAUAGUGGACACAAAACAAGGAGAAACAUCUGAAAACCAAGGCGGAGAGAAAUAAUUCAUUCUUUUUCCUGUAAGAUAAUUGUCCAGUAUAAAAUGCAGCUCCUAUACUGGACAGUGCUUUCUGCUUCCUACCUUGCAUCCCAGCUGAUUUGCUGUGCACCAGUGAGUAAGGAGCAAUACAGACUACCAACCAGUGUCCUGCAAGCUCUCUCUAACAGGGGGACCUUAAUCCUAGAAGCUGCACUUAAGACAGCACUACAGGCUUUAGAAGGAGCUGUUAAAGAACAGAGUCUUCGUCAACAAGAAUGUGGAAGAUGCACCGUCUGCCUCUUCCCAGAAUGUAGAAGCCUAACCACACAAUGCAGAGGGAAAGGGGAAAAUGCAGAAUCUGAGCCAACUUGUGAGGCCAUCCUAAUAGCAGAAAAGGAAACAGAUCCUGUGGAAAGAAGCUGGGCCUUGAGUGCAAUGUGUAACUUCUACCAGCAUUUGUGUACAGAAUGGAAUCACACAUCAGAAAAUUGCAUAAACAUCAUGGCUGGGCAAUGUCAUCUCAAGCUGCAAGAGUGCAAAUUAGAAAGUGACAUGGAUUAUCUGAACAUGUCACCGGAUUGGGACACUUCAUUGGCCUGUGGACAAGCCAUAUCAUCCCCCAACAACACUAUACCCAAAGGUCGCAUAGUUGGAGGAAGCGUUACUUCACCUGGAUCUUGGCCAUGGCUGGUUAACAUUCGACUUAAUGGAGAGCUUAUGUGUGGAGGAGUCCUGCUUGGAGAUGUUUGGGUCUUAACUGCUGCACAUUGCUUUAAUGGAAAUAUUAAUGAGCUGCAUUGGACGGUUGUCGUUGGGGAAUAUAACCUGAACGAAGAAGAAACUGGAAAAAAGGUCUAUCAAGUGAAUAGGAUUAUAACCCAUCCCAAGUUUAAUCAGAAAACAUUCAACAACGACCUUGCACUGGUGGAGCUAACAAGCACAGUAACAUCAUCUUCAAGAGCAAUUCCGGUGUGUCUCCCCUCAGUACCUGUGGACCCAUCUCCUGGAACAAGCUGCUACAUUGCUGGGUGGGGUUCUCUUUAUGAAGAUGGCCCUCCAUCCGAUGUUAUAAUGGAAGCUCGUGUGCCAGUUCUGAGUCAAGAAUCAUGCAGGAGCACCUUAGGAAAGGAUAUGUUGACCAACACCAUGUUCUGCGCUGGCUAUCUGAGUGGGGGCAUAGACUCUUGCCAGGGUGACUCUGGUGGACCUUUGACCUGCCAAGAUCCUUCCUCUAAGCAAUAUGUAAUAUAUGGCAUUACCUCAUGGGGGGAUGGUUGUGGAGAGAGAGGGAAGCCUGGGGUUUACACCAGAGUAACAGCCUUCAUUGACUGGAUUAGGACCCAAAUGAAGAAAUCCACUCCAAGUCGGGAGCCUUCAUGCUUUGAGCUGGGAGCAAUGACAGAUAGUCAGCUAAAUAAUCCAAAGUCAGAAAUCAGCCCCCUGUGUUCCUUUUACAAACAGUCCUGUCCAGCUCCCUUCAGCCCCAGGGCCUGUACACGUUUAGCAGAGGAGAAAUGCAGGCAGAAACAGAGAAGAUGCGAGCUCCGUUCCUAUCUCCAAGUUCUCCUAAAUUUGCUGCGCAAGGCAGAGGAAUUUUUGCGGAACAACAUGGAUUUAUCCUUCUUCACUCAGACUAUCCCAAAGUUCAUGGAAGAUAUGUACAGUGAUAUAUUUCCACACAGAACCCAAAGAGAUCUCACAGAGCAGAAUCCAUUAAUGAAUGUCAUAGACAAAGAACACAAGGAAAUCAUCUCAGAUGAAAUUAAUAGAACAGAUACAACAAUUGGAAACGAUAUUCACAGAGAACUGCAAAUCACAUCAUUCGAAGUGCUCUUUACAGAUCUUGGGCCCAGAUUAGAUGAUUGGACUUCAUUUCUUUAUCAUAUGGUCGUUCAAGGCUCUACAAACAUAAUGCAGAAAAAACAAACAGGAAAAGAAUUUGAGGACAUAGAGGAGCAGCUUUUUCUGGAGAAGAAUGAUGAUGCAGUGGAGGAACUAAAAGAAAAAGGACGACAGGUCAUUCACAACCUAAAGUCACAGCUCAGAAGUGACGGAAUAAUUCUCACUGAUGACCCUUUGCUUUUAGAUCAAGGAGUGAUACCUGUUCAUUAUCAACCUCAGAAGAGAGAUGUCACAAGUGUCACUGGAGCCACCAAAGAAAAUGUCCAAGGUUGUCCACAUUUGUCAGAAGCCAUUAAUGAAGUUCAGUCCAUUAAAGAGAAGUACAAAUGGAUUCUACAGAUUCCAGAGAGAGACCUGUCAAUGAAGUUCCAAGAGAUCCUGGUGGACCUGGGCUCGAAGAAUGAAAAAGGUUUGUACAGAGCUCGUGUUCGAGUGUGUGUCGCUGGAAAGUUUUCAUCAUUUAUCGGUCUGGUAGGUCUGGACAGCAGUUCCCUCUAUCGUAGUAUGCCAGGACUCAUUGCACUUUCAAUGGACAGAUUGAAAACUUAACAAGUUAACAGCAUCAUAAAAGAUCACUGUGAUGGAAAUCGGCGAAAAAACUCUUGUCUUGUUCAUUCAAGGAACUUAAAGGGAAGACUCAAAAGUGCCAAUCACAAGUGCCACAAUCCAGUGCUAACAUAUCGGCAUAAGGGGCUAAACUGCUCCACAAGACGACGAGGAUCCUAAUGACUUUGCACUUAAAGGAAGCUGGGGGUUUCUUAUUAAAUUAACCAAAUGUUAUCAGGUUAUUGCAGAAUGACAACAAUAUGUUCAUUUGAACUGUAAAAAGACACCAACAGGAUCUAUAUUAUUCAUUGCUAUGUGAUGAAAGACUGUACACCAAAUUUACACUGUGUGAUAUAUGAAAUGCACUUCAAUGGCCAGUUUUGCUUUUUAUCAUCUAGCAGUGCUGUGUGGAUGUAAAUUUAGUAUUUCCCUGUUUGUGGAGUGUAAACAGAUAGUACGCCCCAUUACUG